GAUCCAUUUCGGUGAUUUCUACACGUUCUUCUCUCUAUUGACGUCAUCCCCUAGAAUUAUUUCUGUUGAUCGAUCAUCAGAUCAUGUCUAAUUUGUUCGGGCAGGAUGGUAGACUUAAAAGAGUCAGAUUCCACUGAAAGUUUAUUCUUCUAAUAGAAGAACUCGAAAGCUAUUAGGAGCAGAUUCAUACAACCAACUUAUCAUCAAAUGCAGGGAAAAGUUCAACCUUCAUGACUAUGAAGAAGAUAAUAUAAAGGUCGUUCUAUAUGAUGAUGGUAUGGAAGUGGAUUCAGAUAGCUUUCUUUUCUUAGAUCCAAAUACCAGCAUCAUGAUAUUACAAGGAAAUGAGAUAUGGUCACCACCACUACCUCCAUUAAAUGAUGUUGCUAAUUCAUCAAACCAAGUUACAGCUAGUACAAGUAGUGAAAAUCCAAAUCCACAACAGUUACUCAGUUUUAUAGAAAACUUAAAAGUUGCAAAAAGAAAAGCUGUAACAUCUGUUUCUGAAUCAAGGAAUAGUUCAAAAAAGUCUAAAAUGCCCCAAUUUGUAAGUGUAUCUACAGGAUGGAUGCAUUACGAUUAAGCUGACAGAAAAUUCAAACAAGUAAGAAGUAGUACAACUCAACAAUUACCCAGAUCGGACUUAACUAUUCCAUCAAGCUCGAAUUAUGGUGAAACACUGAAAAUAAUGGAAAAUCUUUACUUCCACAAUGGAAAAAACUUCAGGGGAAGAGUGUCAUCCAUGGUAACUCAGCUGGGUAACAGCCAUGGGGAGGAAAUACCAAACUUUACUAAUAUCUUUGAGUAUGGAGUACGAUGUUCCACCCAGAAGUCAAGGAUUUAUCUUUUAACCAGGAAGAAGAUUGCUGAUGUAUUUUGUGUGACAGAUUCUUCAUCUGCAGAUGAAGGAAAUGAUCCAGGUCUUGUAGCAUCAACAAGUUCUAGUCCUUAUACAGUUAAUGCUGGUAGAUGUUCACCAACAGCUAUGACUCCACAAAAUCAAAUGCAGACUUCCUGGACAAACUUUAAUAAUUCUCCUCAAUCCCAAAUGGAUACAAGAACUCCUCAGACACAAACAGCAACUUGGACAGACUCCAUUAUGCAUGUGCCUGCUGGCACACCUACUGUUUUGGUGCCUGUUGAUAGAAGGUGUUCCAUUUGCUGUGAUAGAGAAAGGAAUGCUGUGAUUGUUCCUUGUAUUCACACUUUUUGUUUAGAGUGUGCCCUGCAAAUAGAGGGCAUGGGCCAGGAUUGCCCGCAGUGCAGGGGAACAAUAGAGGAUGUCAAAGAAAUGUUUCUGGAUUAAAACACUGCUAUUUAAGAUAUGUUGCAACUAAUAUUUAUUUUUAAAAUCAGCAUGGAACAGUGCAGUUCUCAAAUAUUUUUGUUAUGAACCUAUUUUUAUCUACUAAAGUGUAACAUUUUUUUCAUUGUGAAUGAUUGUCAGAAUGUAGUUAAAAGGACAGAACUACCAAAAUGAUGGUUUAAAUCAUGUUUUACUUGUUAGUUUUUGUUAUGAUAUAUAUAGCAAAGUUGGAUACAAUAUUCUAGUAGAUUAACAUAAUGAAAAUAUUUUUAUUUUGCUUAUUAACUAAGUUUAUAAUUUUACCCAACUCUUUAAGAGUGGAGACUGUGCUGCAUCUAUUCCUUGUUUUAUACUUUCAACUUUCUAUACUACUGUGUAGAAUGAUAUCACAUUUAGUAAUGUUACAUUGACAUGAUGAUUUAUACCUUGUUUUAUAUUGCCUGACCCCUGCUUUUUUGUUAGCAGAAGGUCAUAAGAUUUGUAAUGUGUGGUUUUUUUUAUUCUAUUUGUGAGCACUGAAGAUUUGUGCAGCAUAUUAUGAUUUCUGAAUGACCUUUAAAAGUUUGUUCUUUUUUAUAUAUUUUGAUUCUGUUUUAUUUUUUACUGGAAUCUAUACAUUGAAUUUUUUUUUUAAAAAUGAUGAUGUUUUAUGUAGAUUUUUUCUAAGAUGCUAGUACCUAAAACAUACUGCGAAUAUAACAUAUUAUUAACCAAUUUAUCUCAUCAAUUUUAAACAAAAAAGUUAUGUUUUGUCUACAUUUAUAAAUUGAACUAUUUUGAAAUCCACCAAUAACAUUUGUUUUAAUCAGUUGACUCAUUUUAGAGUAAUUGCUUCUGAAUAAUUUUUCCAUUUUUGUAAUUUUUUUGGCUACUAUUUAGAACUAAAUCAGAGAUUGACCAUGAUAUUUAUGACAAAAAUAUCAAGCUUGACAAGGUUAAUGUCCUUGUAAAACUAGAACAAAAAAUAGUCAAAUUUUAUGAGGAAUAUUACCCUUGAAAUGGCAAAUUGCUGUUUCAGUAACUAUUGUAUUGAAACCUUUAUUUGAUUAGGACGAUCAAAGUAAGUUGCCACAUCUUAUUAGGAAGACAGUGUUUACAACCAUGCAGAAUAUAGAUGGGAAAGGACAAAUUAUAUAGUUUGCCCCUGAAAUGAUGAUUUUAAGACAUUAUUGGGAGUACAAAAGAUAUAUGAUUAAUAACUGUCAAACAGCAAAGAUACUAAGCAAUACAAUAUCUACUUGUACCUGAAAGCAACUUCAACUGCAGCUCUGACAAAUUAUCCUUGAAUUUCAAUUUUGCUGUUUUUGGUUAAUAUACUGAAAGAUGUAGCAUCUGCCAUUUUUUUUUCUCACUCAUCUGGGAACCUCGAAUUGUGUUAACAGCAUAAUAGUAUUUUUAUACAUAUAUUAAUAAACUGCAGUCCAUGGUUAAGAAAAUAGUUUUUCAUAUUUGUAAAGUACAUAUUUGAAGCAUUUAUGUUUUGAUACCAGUAUAUUAUAAAAAAAAUAUUAGACUAAUAAAAUGUACAUAGUAUGCCAUUACUGCAUGUUUUGAUUGAUACUUGUCUUUUCCAUGUUUUAUAUAGCCAUAACAAUACUUAUCUAGUCUUUAUGUUUUGUUUGUUUAUAGCUGAAACAAAUGAUUUCAUAUAAAAGAAAUUGUACAAA